AUGGGUCUUGCUCUCCCUAAUCUCAGGCAACUCUUGUUGGCUGAGAACAGCUUUGAAGGAUUGAUACCCAGUUCUUUAAACAAUGCUUCAGAAAUUCAGUUUCUUGACCUCUCUUCAAAUUUAUUUCAAGGGUCAAUUCCUUUCCUUGGGAACAUGAAUAAACUUAUCAUGCUAAAUCUAGGAGUGAAUAAUCUCUCUUCCACCACAGAGCUGAAUCUUCAGGUAUUCGAUUCCCUCACAAACUGUACCCUAUUGGAAAGCCUCAUUCUGAAUUCCAACAAACUGGCCGGCGACCUUCCAAGUUCAGUUGCAAAUCUGUCAGCCCAUCUUCAACAUUUUUGCAUUGAAAGCAAUCUCUUUACUGGGAAAUUACCCAGAGGAAUUGAUAAGUUUCAGAGCCUCAUAUCCUUGACUAUGCAGCAAAAUCUUUUCACAGGAGAAAUUCCUAAUAUCUUUGGGAAUCUUACACAAUUGUAUAUGCUCACAUUGGGAUACAAUCAGUUUUCUGGUAGAAUCCCUGUGAGUAUUGGUGAAUGCCAGCAAUUAAACACCCUGGGUCUAUCUUGGAACAGGCUAAAUGGCAGCAUACCAAUAGAGAUUUUCUCACUCUCUGGUCUCAGUAAACUAUGGUUAGAAAAAAAUUCUCUGCAGGGUUCUCUCCCCAUUGAAGUCGGUAGCCUGAAGCAGCUCUCCUUAUUGAAUGUUUCUGACAACCAGUUCUCCGGAAACAUCACAGAAACAAUUGGCAACUGCUUAAGUUUGCAAACUCUUAGCAUGGCAAGAAAUGGAAUAAUGGGCUCAAUACCGGAUAAAGUGGGCAAACUAGUGGCAUUGAAGAGCUUGGAUCUUUCUUCCAACAAUCUCUCUGGCCCAAUCCCCGAAGAUUUGGGGAGUCUUAAGGUUUUGCAAAGCUUAAAUUUGUCUUUCAAUGACUUGGAAGGACAAGUUCCAAGGAGUGGGGUGUUCAUGAAUCUUAGCUGGGAUUCUCUCCAAGGAAAUGAUAUGCUUUGUGGAAGUGACCAAGAGGUUGCAGGGAAGCUGAGACUCCAUACAUGUAGUACAAAGAAGAAGCAAAGCAAGCAUUUUGGACUCACCAUCAGCAUUGCAGUUGUGGGCUUCACUUUGUUAAUGUGUGUAAUCUUCUAUUCCAUAUGGGCAUUGGUCUCCCGAAGAAGGAAAAAGAAGGGGACAAAGGAAAGUUCUUUCCCGUCCUUUCAAGGGGUUUCCUGA